CUGUCUAUGAGAGAAAGCGAGUUAUGUGUGCCGUUUUCUCUGCAGUCUGGAUAAGGCACUGUCUAAAACAUGGAUCAUUAUAUAAUUUUCCUGCGAUUCUCCUAAGAGGCUGAGGAAAUUAGGAUAUAUUAAUCUGUCUGUCUCUUUUCAGUCCGAAUCAAUUUUGCGCAAAAUGAAGAGUUUUGCCGUGACGAUGUUCUGGUUUGUGCUCAUCGGGGGGAACAGCACGAGCAGGGCCAUGCUGAGUGAUAUUGGUGACUAUGUUGGCACAGACAUUGAAAUAUCCUGGUUGCCUAAUCUGGAUGAUUUAAUGAAAGGUUAUGCUCGAAACUUUCGCCCAGGGAUUGGAGGACCUCCCGUGAAUGUCGCCAUGGCCAUUGAAGUAGCCAGUAUUGACCAUAUCUCAGAAGCCAACAUGGAAUACACCAUGACAGUAUUUCUGCGGCAGAGUUGGAGAGAUGACCGUCUGUCCUACAACCACACAAACAAAACUCUUGGCCUGGACAGCCGCUUUGUGGACAAACUCUGGUUACCAGACACAUUCAUAGUUAAUGCCAAAUCAGCCUGGUUCCACGAUGUCACUGUGGAGAACAAACUCAUACGCCUGCAGCCUGAUGGAGUCAUUCUCUACAGCAGUCGAAUUACAUCUACAGUCGCAUGCGACAUGGACCUCACAAAAUACCCCAUGGAUGAACAGGAAUGCAUGCUAGACUUGGAAAGCUAUGGCUACUCUUCAGAAGAUAUUGUGUAUCACUGGUCAGAGAGUCAGAAACACAUUCAUGGGCUGGACAAAUUAGAGCUGUCCCAGUUCACCAUCACAGAUUAUCGCUUUGUCACAGAGAUGAUGAACUUUAAAUCUGCAGGGAGAUUUCCACGUCUCAGUUUACGGUUUCAACUAAGGCGUAACCGAGGAGUUUACAUCAUCCAGUCCUACAUGCCCUCAAUCCUACUGGUUGCCAUGUCAUGGGUUUCAUUCUGGAUCAGCCAAUCAGCUGUGCCAGCAAGAGUGUCUUUAGGUCUGUAG